AAAGGAGGAAAGGAAAUGGAGGAAAAGAAGUUGAAAUUUUGGGUACAAAGUUUGUUUCUGCUGGUUUUAAGCAGUGUUUUAGAGACAUCCAACAGUUUUGUUGAUGGAUUGGAUUCAACAAAGAGUUAUGACUACACCAAAUAUCACCCCAUGGUUGAGAUCUACAAGUGGAUGACAGAUGUGGAGCGAGGGAACCCAGAGCUGGUCUCGUCUUUUGUGUAUGGAAAAACCUAUGAAGGAAGAAAUAUCACAAUGUUGAAGUUGGGACUACAAAACCCACAAGGCAAAGAGAAGAAGUUUAUAUGGAUGGACUGUGGAAUCCAUGCCCGGGAAUGGAUCGCUCCUGCCUUCUGUCAGUGGUUUGUCAAAGAGAUUGUGCAGUCUUAUAAAACCAGUAAGAAGCUGGAGCAGAUGCUGCAGAACGUGGACAUCUACGUGACCCCUGUGAUCAAUGUGGAUGGAUACAUGUACACCUGGAUCGACAACAACACUCGUCUGUGGAGAAAGUCUCGUUCAACACCUCCAGAAGGCGGGAGCUGUCACGGCGUUGACCUCAACAGGAAUUUUAAUGCUAACUGGGGAACUGUUGGUGUGUCAUUUGACAGCUGCUCAAACACGUACUGUGGAAAAUCUGCAGGAUCGGAGCCAGAAGCUUCAGCUGUCAUGAAAUACGUUGGUAGGAUAGCCAAUAAGACUUUGUGUUUCCUCACCAUCCACUCUGCUGGACAACUUAUACUCUUACCGUACGGGCACCCUGAGAUCUCUGCACCCAACUAUGAUGAACUGGUUUCAGUGGGUGAGACAGCAGCUGCAGAAAUGAAGAAGGUGCAUGGGAUGGGCUACACCGUAGGAACGUCUCCACAAAUCCUCUAUCCAAACUCAGGCUCAAGCCGAGACUGGGCUCGCCUCAUUGGCAUCCCGUUCUCUUACACCUUUGAGCUGAGAGAUAAAGGUGAGUUCAGCCACUUGCUCCCAGAGGACCAGAUCCAGCCAGCUUGUGAGGAGGCCUAUGCAGGAGCUCUCUCCAUUAUCACAUAUGUCCAUGACAAGGCUCUCAAUAAUGCUGCUGUCACCACAGUAGGGGGCUUCACCACAGUUUCUGGGGUUGCUAUGACAAUUUGGAGCUGUAUCAUGGCUGUGUCUGUCACCACAGGGGGCUCGGUGUAAGAAUUAAUCAUACAUGGUUGUUCAUUUACCAUAAUUUUACCUUUUUUAGUCACUAUUGACAUAAUAAUCAGGGUCAUUAAAGUCUGUGCAUGCUACAAUAUUACAUGUUGCAUAAUACAUUUUAAGUGAGUACAAAACAGGUAUGUUAUUUCAGUGAUAGGAACAUGAUGCUGUUCCCUUGUCUCACAGCAGGGGGCAGUAUUGUCCCACUCUAGGCAGCACAUUCCUCUUCAUUUAAAAUGUGUUAUCAGAUUAAUUUGAAGCUUUAUUCUGACUUCUGCAAAAGCUCAAUGUUGUUUUCAGUUAUCACAUGUGCAUUUUCAAUCAUCAGCUCUCUUUAAGACUGUAAAAACACACAUUGUGUUUCCACAUGUGACUGCUUUCCUCUGUAUGGCUCAUGCACAUUGCAUUGCCACAAAGAAAUAAAUAAAAACUGAUGUCAAAAUACCA